ACAAAAACAAAAAAUCAAUUGAUUUAAGUCAACUUUUUUUUAAAUAUGGAGGAUCUACCACCUGAAAUGUUAGUUUUGAUUUUCGCAAAAAUUAAUAAUCCAUUAAAUCUUUUACGCUGUCGUGAAGUAUGUACUAGAUGGACUAAUAUUAUUGAUUACUCGCUAAUAAAAUUCAAACGAUGGGAAGAAAUGUGUUUUAAUAAUUAUGUACGACCAUGGAUUCAUAAAGUUAUUGAAAGAAGAUUUCCAUUACUUACGAAAGAUGAAUGGCAACUUUUAACACAAUUAGAUUGGAAACAAGUUUAUUUAUCUUACAGAAUUUGGCAAACUUGUCAUCGAUUCAAAUUAGUUCAUAAAGUUAUUUUUAAUUUUCAUCUCCCUGAAUAUGAGGCUGAAAAUGAAACAAUUACUUCCAUGGAUGUUAGAGCUAAUUUUCUUGCAAUCGGCAAUUUUACUGGAAUAGUUCGUUAUUUUUUUAUUGGAGAAAAUAUUCAACCAUUGUACUAUGAAGAAUAUCCACAUUUUUGUGUAACUAAUAUCAAAUUUUGGUAUAUUGACAACAAGCGAUUGAUUGCUGUUAUUGCAUUAAAGAAUCGUUUUCUGGAAUUUUGGGAUGUCCAGUACAGAGAAAGUAUUCCUAGCUCAUUAAUAAACUUUCCAUCUACAGCAAUCGUAUGUGAUGGUCACAGAUUAUUUGUUGCGAAUAAUUCUGAAAUUCUUGAAUGUGUGUGGGAUGGUAAUCAAGUAUUAAAAGGAAAAAUAAGUACACUUGGUCAUUUUCCACUUAGUCCAAUAGCACAACCAUUAGAUAUUAUUUGUAUGAAUAUUGAUACAGAUCAUAAGUUAACAGCAGUGAGAUGUGAUUAUCGCAUUUUAUUAACAAACGCAUUUAUAAUUCCCACUUCUAAAAAUCCGGAUUUUCAACCGAUUAUUGAAGGCUGUCUGAAAUAUUAUGAAAACGACAACUUUAAAAGACAAAGAUUUAUAUUCAAUUAUCCAGUUGCUAAUACUUUUUUGAUUAUCAAUGAUGAACAUCUUCAUGUAUGUCUUAAACAUUCACAUAACUAUCAGUGGAAAACAUUUGUAUUACAAUCUCCUCUGGCAUCAAAUACUUCUGCAUGUUUUAUGCACGCAAAUGUUUUAUUAUUCGGUUUAAAAUCAGGUUCUUUAUUGAUGUAUGUCUUGGAAAACGUUCAACAUUUGUUAGAAUUUACUACAAAACCUGCAUAUACGAGAACAUUUAAACUCGACAGUCAACCAAUUACUAAUUUAAAUGUUGCUGAAUAUAAUUAUAUUCUUUAUAUAUUUGCAACAGUGGGAACAAAGUUAUAUGUUGUUACAUUUCCCACUGAUUAAUGCGAUAAUAUUUAUCAAGAAUUAAAAAAAAAAAUUCGUAGUUUUACUUAAUGUAUGUAGAAAAGGUAAUAUAUUCUAGCAAUUCUGUUUAAUGUAUUCGAUAGCUAAUAGUUUUAAAACUUAUUGUAUGUAUU